UCUUUGUCUAAACAUGUCGGAUUGAGUAAAUUUGCAGUGGAUUAUUCGGCAUUUGUGUUAAAUUUUAGAAAAAAAGGGUACUGCUGAAAAGUGAAAUUUCACCCUCCUGAUUGUAAAAUGUCCAACUCUGACGAAAAUGAUGAUUUAGUGACAACGAAGCGUAAAUAUGAAGAUGGAGAAGAAGAAAUUUUCAAAAAGAAGUUGAGAAUGAGAGCAGAGGAAAAUGGCGUUGUAAAUGAUGAAAAGGUCAAGGAUGGAGAAGAAGAAGAAGAUGAUGAUGAUGAUGAUGACGAUGAGAGUGACGAUGACAGCGAUGAUGAUGAGGAAGAUGAUGAUGACGACAGUGACGAUGAAGUAGAAGGGGAAGAAAACUCGGGCGAGGAUGGCAGUGAAGAUGAUGAGUCUGGUGAUGAUGACGACGAUGAUGAUGACGAUGAUGAAGAUGCGGAUGCAGAUGGAGAUGGCAAAAAUGAUUAUCAGGAUGCUGGGGCUGCUGAGAGUGCCCAGUUGGCUACUCUCAGUGACAGUAGCGAUGAAGAGAGUGAGAAAUGUCCAGUGUGUCUCAACAAAAUCAAGGAGCAGGACAUUGGUACUCCUGAGAGCUGUGACCAUGUCUUCUGUUUAGAUUGUAUUCAGGAAUGGUCAAAGAAUGUUAACACAUGUCCAGUUGACCGACAAGUCUACAAUCUCAUCCUAGCCCGCCACGGUGUGGAGGGAGUCGUCUUCAAAAAGAUCCCUGUUGAAAACCGUAGGAUGGGUGAGGAGGAGGAAGAAGAUGUGACAGUUUGUGAAGUGUGUGGUCACAGUGAUCGUGAGGAUCGUCUGCUCCUCUGUGAUGGUUGUGACCUUGGAUUCCACAUGGACUGCUUGGAGCCACCUCUGCAUCGAGUCCCAGUUGAAGAGUGGUUCUGUUUUCGAUGUGCCGAGGGCCGUGAAUCACCAGAGGAUGUCGGAGCACAUGCCCUGCGUCGACAAAUCGCUCGCACUAUGGUGAGUGAAAGAGUCCGCGCUCGUCUCCAGGAACAAAGGAUUGACCGCGUUGUCCGAGCCCAACGUAGGCGCAGAAUAUUGGAUUCUGAUUCAGAAGAAUCUGCAUCUGAAGCUGGAGAAGUGGCACCCCCUGCUGCCCCGAGAGCAAGGAGUGAAACUCCUCGUAGGAAGACAACAAGACGACGUAAGCGCAAGACCACCCGAAAGCGCAGGAAGAAGACGUCUCGCAAGAAGACCAUAACGACAUCUGCAACUAAGACUGCAACAGGAAGAAAACGAAAGUCACGGAGGAGGAGGAAGAGGAAAACUAAAAAGAAGAAGGCUGCUGUCCUUCCUGCUAAGAUGAUCACACCAAAAGCAAGAAUCGCUCGUAGCCUUGGUUUGCAGAAACCCCCAACUGGUAAACAUAUCCCAAUCGUGAAGAAAUCUGGUGAGAAACCACGGUCUCUUCAACAGAUGGAUAUUGGUGUGCAGCCUCUCUCGAUUCUUGGUGAUAGAAAUAGCCUGGAGCCUUAUAACGACAGUGACCAUGAGAAUCUUCCCAGUACCUCCAGUACAUUGUCAGCUAAGAAAGUAUGCUCAUCCUCCUCCCUAAAGUCUCAUCGGCCACUACCUCAAAUCAUAUUACCGAGGAAGAAGAAGCCAAUUGUCAUUGCCACAAAGCCAGUAGUGCCGGUUACGUCGACGUUUGACCUGUUGGGCAGCAUCAUGCAGGAGCAGAAUACUCUCUACAUGAAGAGUAAGGAGUUCACAAUCAAGAGAGAUGGUUCCCUGGAGACGGCUCCAAAGGAGCCAGAGUUUCAUCCUCGUAAAAGUGGAAGUCCCAAGAAAUUGGUUCCAAGAAUAAAGGAGCAGAGACAUAAAGAGAUUGUCGAACAAAGACCGAAGAUAGAUGUGGCUGUUGCAAUGGAUUGUGAGAACAAUGAAACACAAAAUCAAGACAGAGGAAGGUUCUCUGGAGACAGACAUGUUGGUUUUGGAGCAGUUGCGAAAUGCAGUGAAGAUUUUAGGAGAGAUAGCGAUGACAGUGGUGAUGAAUUGGAUCCGGGGGAAGAAAUGCCUGUGGGAUUUAGUGGUGAUGAGGAUGAUGGGAGUGGCCAGGAGGAUGGCUCACAGGGCGGUGGCCAAGAUGGUGCUGGUGAUCAUGGAGAUGAGGCAGAUGAAGCUGAUCAGAGCGAAGGGGAAGGUUCUGGAGGAGAUGACGGAGGUGAAGACGGUGAUGAUGGUAAAGAAGAAGAAGGGAAAGAGAGUGGAGAGGAGGAGGAAGAACAGGAGGAAGUUGAAGAAGAAGAGGAAGAGGUAGCUGGAUAUGCAGAAGAGUGUAAUGAAGAGGUUGAUGGAGAGCAAAAUGAAGAUCAAGAGCACAUUGAAGUUGGGAUGAGUGACGCUGAGCAGCAGAGUGAUGGCGAGGCAGAGCAAGAAGAACAGAGUGCUGGUGAGGCAGAGCAUGGGGAGGAGAAUCAGCGAGAAAGUGACCAAGGAAGUGCACAAGAGGUAGAGAGUGCAGAGGAAGGUGCAGGCAGCGAGCAGGAUGAAACUGGUAGCGACCAAGAGGGUGCCGAGCAAGACGUUGCCACUGAUUGUGAAGAUGAAAUGGAGGAGGAUCAACAGGUUGACCUGGUGGCCGGAGGUGUGGUAGCCAUUGCCUUGGGGGAGGAAAUAGAAGCUCAAGAAGGUGGAGAAGAUGAAGUAGAAAGUGCCAAAGAAGAGCAGGAGGAUGAAGAAGAAGAAGUAAUGGAAGAUGAUGAGCAUGCUGAGGAAGUCGAGGCAGAGCAGCCAGUUGCCACUGAUGAGAUGGGUAAACGUGUUGACAAUAGCAAUCAGAUGGAAAUGGAGCUGGAAGGAGAGCAUGGAGCUGAACAAGAAGCUGAGGCUGAGGUAGCAGAGGGAAGCGGCGAGCAGGAAGGUGAAGAAGAGGAGGAAAUAGAGGAAGAGGUUGAAGAGGAAGAGGAAGGUGAAGAGGUUGAAGAAGUGGAAGAGGUUGAGGAAGUGGAAGAGGAAGAGGAAGAGGUUGAAGAAGAGGAAGAGGUAGAGGAAGUAGCAGAGGGAGAGCAUGACGAAGGUGAAGAGGUAGAGGAGGUAGAAGCAGACACAUCUGGGGAAGUAGUUGAACAAGAAGAGGGAGACGAGAUGGCAGAGCAUGGUGAGGUGGAGGAAGGAGAAGACCAGGAGGAGGUGGAUCAUGAAGUUGAGGAGGAGGAGGAGGUUGGUGAGCAACAUGGUCACGAGGAGGAGGAAGAGGAGGACGAAGAAGGGGAAGGGGAGGAAGGUGAAAUCGAGGAGCCUCUCAAAGUACCAAUAUCUGAGCUUCCACGAAUACCAAAGAUUAAAAAACUGAAACCGGAGCUCAAGGCUGAAGUGUUUGGCCCUGUGCCGCCCCGUAGUUCGAGUAUCAUGGAUAGGGUCGGCCCAAUAGCUGCAAAAGAGCCUCUGUUUUCAGCUAAGUGGGAAAAAAAAGAACGUAAAUGGGAAAGGGAGAGGGCAGAGAAGCAUGUGGAUAGUUCUGAAGAAAAAUACCAGGAAAGACAUAGGCGGGAUGAAGUGGAUGACAAGUAUCAGGAACGAAAUCGUCGAGAUGAGGAGAGGCAUAGAGAACAGCGGGACAGGGAUAAGGAAAAUGUCUUUACAGAGAAGAAACGAUCUGAAAGGGAGGAUAGACAUGUGAGACAUAAACACAAACGAAAACGAAGUCGAUCACAGUCGAUUGAAAGACCGUACCGUUCUAAAGAUCGAUCGCGUUCACGUGAGCGUCGGAGAUCUAGGGAACGCUCUACUUCCAGAUCACGUGAAAGGAGGCGCUCAAGAUCACGUGAACGUAAGCGCCGGCAUCGGGAGCGUUCAUCCCGAGAACGCUCGCCAGUAGAGCGUGAACACAGGUCUGAGCGGAGAUCUCGGCGAAAACGUGAUAAAGAUCGGGGGGAGCGUGAAUAUGAGAGUGGUGAGGAACGUUCAGUUGGGAGGUCAAGAUCAACGAGUAAUGAACCUCGCAGGAAAGAUCGCGAUGAGACAAGACCACGUCGGGAGCGGAGAGAGAAAUAUCGUCGCAGUGAUAGUUCUGAGAGGAGAAAUGAAUCGUAUGCUAAUGAGGAUAAUGACACUGAGAAAUAUGAGUCAAAGUCACGUCGAAGUGAACGUUUCAUUGGAGAGAAUACAAUACGUGAAAUUGAAAAAAUUGCUGCGAAAAGUGAGAAAAACAUUGGUCUUUAUAAUAUGGCUCUCUCUGCCCCAGACAGUUCACUUGAUGCGAGUGUGGAAAAUAUCAUAGAGAUACAAACAGGACGUAUGAUUGAAACGGUGCCGUUGAGAAAGGACAGUGUGAAAGAUCAGUCUGGGGAAAUGGAUAUGGACUUGACAUACGAUCCUGCAGAGCCAACGCAAGACCCUACACCUCCACCUUCAGAUCUGCAAGUAGAGCACCAGCAUGGAGGACCUUCUAUCUUACCUCACCCCUCUCACCCACCACCAGCAAUUUCCCCGAUAUUCCCUGAAGUUGAAAAUGAUAAGCAUCAGCCUUUCCAGAAUGUUAUACAGCAGCCUACACCUGGGGUGCCUGUCAGUAUGGCCCCUCCAUUUGGCAUGCUUCCUCCUGGGAUGCAACCUAACGUCAGAGGACAGCAGUUUGUUCUCAAUCCAAUGUAUCUGAACCGCCCAGUUGCCUUUGGAAGGAUGCCUACUGGCCAGAGAUUUGGACCCCAAAUCCCAGUUGGACAGGUUGGUGGACCGCCACAGAUGAUGCAACAGAAUCGAUUCAUGGUACCAUUGCGACCGAGUAUGAAUGGAUUGCAGUUUGAGCCUGGGAUGGAGCCAAUGCAACCAGCUUUUGUGCCUGGUGUUGAGGGAGAAAUGCAGGGUCCCCCUGGGUCACAUUUGGUGCGUCAGCCCCCACCGCCACCUCCGCCUCCAGGGGGCAUGAUGCCUCCUCACAGCCGACCCAUGUCACAGGCGCUGUUGAGGCCACCUCCCCCUCCUUCCUCACAUGCUGGUUCAAUGCAGCACGGCCUGCGUCCAGAACAUAUCCCUCCCCCUACCACAUCUGGCGCCCAUAUAGGCUUACCUGGCAUGAGGCCACUUCGGCCACCGCCGCCACCAAACAUGCCUGAUCUGUCAAAACCUCCUCCGGGAUAUAAAGAACACAAACCUGAAGAUCCACGCCAUGCUCCCAUAUUUGACAUCAUGGAACAAAAAGUGAAUAUACGAGAAAAUAAACCUGGCCAGAAAUCUAGUCCUGGGGAUAAAAGUGUGGCAAUACAACAAACCUUGCAGUUGUUGAACACUCAAAUGGCUAUUGCAAAUCUGGUGAAAAUGAAAUCCACGGAAGGUACAAAUACAAACUCAAAUGAUACGUUUAAAGUUCCUGCAUUGCCAAAAGGAGGGAAGGGUGCCAAGGAUGCGUUUAAGGCACCGUUCCCGGUCGCGGGGAAAAAAGAUAAAGAGGUGACAAAUUCUGUGAAUGAUGGCGUGGAGGUUAUAGAAAUGGAUGUCGCAUCUCCUGAGGAUGAUUAUGGUUUCUCAUUCUCACCGCCGCCCCUCGACGAUGAUGAUGUUAAAGUGAAUAACAAAUCAUCAACAAAGGAAAAUGACAAACGUCCGAUGAAGGGGAAGGAUAAAAAAGACACCAAGACGCAUCGUAAGAAUAAAAAGGUGAAAGAUACCGGUGGGAAAGGCAAGCAGUUUGAUUGGUUGCCGCAGCCAGAGGAACCAUCAUCUGCCGUCGAGCUAGACAAGCAAGAGAAGGUACGGUUCAUGAAGAAGCUAAACCGCCAGGAACGUGUCAUUGAGGAAUGUAAACUUGCCAUCAAGCCAUUCUACGCCAGCAAGAAAGUCACCAAGGAGGAAUACAAGGAAAUACUUAGAAAAUGUGUACCAAAGAUCUGUCACAGUAAAAGUGGGGACAUAAACCCGGCAAAGAUCAAAUCGUUCGUGGAAUCAUAUGCUCUGAAAAUGCAACAGGCUAGAAAGUAUGACAAAAAGGCAUCUCCAAAACCAGCCGCAACAAACACAGCUCGAGUCGGGAAAGUCGCCGGAAAAGUUAGCAAGAAAUCUCCUUCUAAACAAUCUAUAAAGAAAAAGAAGUUAUAGCAGAGUGUGUUAUUUUAGCCAAUGGUUUAAUUGACGCACAUUUCUUUGGUUUGAAGGAUUUUUCUGUGUGGCGUGACAUCCUCAUCCUUAGACAGUUCUCUUCUUUCAUUCCGUUUUAACCCCUGGAUGGCUGAGUUGGUGCUGUGUAUUGGCAAAAUCUCAGUUCAGUAACGUAAAUAUGGAUAAGACAUUACUUUUCUCACAGUUGAUUGGACUAUUAUUCAGUCCUCCAAGGGUUAAAGCUACUAUUGUUUGAGAGAAGUUGGAGAGGAUGAAAUAGGAAAUAGGCGGAGCACUUGGAUACCAGUGACUGUCGUUAUUUUCAAUUGGAAGGAUUUCUGUGGAUUACGUUUGCUGGGUGUUCUGACCUAUGGUGGCUAAAGAAAUGUGCCUGGCUUUCUGCUUAUUUCCGUUAAGGAUGCGGCUUCGAUAUGACUGACAGAAACCCAACUGCAUUUAUGAAGAGACUGCUUUGUAUGUAUCUAGCCGCCUGGGCCACGUUUUGUUGAACGUGUUCUGCAAUCAGAUUGUCUUAGCUUGGAUUGGCUCAGUAACGUACACGGGAAAGGUGAAGACAGCUAAACCAUGUGGCUUCACCUUUGCUGUGUAUGCUGUCCUUUGACAAUCCCUUAGGGUGUUACUCUUUGUUUUAUUUAUGUUUUUUCUUUGAUUUGCACGACAAAGAAAAUCAAUUGUGAUGAACUUCCUUGAAGGAAUGUUAUGAUAAUUGUAUUUUGGCAACUGAAGUACUCGUGUAAUUUGGGGAAGUUUGUCAUCAACUUAGAUAACCCGGUACCAACCAACAUACUCUCUUUAGAAAUAAGGAUAGACAGUUGAUGUUGUGGAAAGUGUGCCCCAUGGUGAAAGGAGAUAGUAUCUAUUUUCCACAUCUGACAUUGAAUGUUCAAUGAAAUGAUUACGUAUGUGAAACUUUACUGUGCAACGUGUUGAAAUAUACUAUGGUCAGAAGCAGUCCAACUUGGAACCUCUGCCUUCCUGAUCAGCUCGGCAGACCGAUUGCAAAAUAAUGUGUCCACUACUUGGUUCAGAUUGUCCUAGCUAUCAUGGAUGGGAAGGUGGAGGUACAUGUAGAGUGCAGUCCAAACUUGCUUAUUGCUUCUUUAGGCCUAAUCUUAACCCUGGCUACAUGUUGCAAUUUCUGUUACCAGGCCAAUUUCUUUAAUUCCUCAUGUGGUUGUGAUGUGAUCAAACAGUCUGUCUACCUUGGGGGGGGGGGGGGGGGGGGUGAUAGUUAUGCAAGCUAAGUGAUGUUUGAGAUUUUCCCACCUUGGUGUACAACCUUCCAAACCUGUUCCUGGUGAUUUGUUUGUUUGACAGGCUGGUCACACCGUGUUUUUCAUGUUGACCCGUUGACUUGACUGAUCAUGUGUCGUUUCUGUACAUAUCUUUCUCAAAGUGUCCUGAAUAACUUGUCUCUCUCAAAUGACUACAGUGAUGAGGACCAACGUGUUGAUUCAAGUUGGCGCAGAAAUGAAUCCGGGAGAUGAGAUAAGUCUCCCUGUCCUGUUGUGAGACUCCUUCAUCACAUAACAUAUUAGAAUAUGCAUGUGUAGAGCUUGGUGUCAAACAAAGCUUUCUCUCCCCUGUCUGUGGCGGUUCUAUCAUUUCAUAAAGGCAUCAGUUUUUGUCUUCUCUUUCCUUGUGAAGUUGGUUGGGUCUUACAUCAGGAUAAGUGAUCUCUUGACACUUGGCCAAGCUGGAGGUUGAGGCUUGACUGAAACCUUGUGGUGGGAUGCUUAGUACACAGAUGGAAUAAAUCAUGUAAAUUAUGAGACAGUGUUGUGUGAAACAUAAAUAAUGUACACAGACAGAUCAUGUUGUAUGGAUUUCUGGGUGUGCGGGAUGGUGAACAAUGGACAGUUGUACAUCAACAAAGCUGAAGCAAGGCUAUUUACCUCUAGAUCCUUUUGUCAGGCAUGUUGUCACAAGGAAGGCUGUUCAGGUGAAGCCACUCUUUCAUGUCUGGUUCAACAGAGAUCAGUGUUUUGGGUUCGCUGAAGGACAAAAGAAUCUGAAGUUACUUGGUCCUUUUUGCAUAUAAGCGAGUUAAUCUCAACCUCCCAGUAUGUACUCCUAAUCUGAUUAUCUGUCCCUGUAUAGUUAUGUUUGUGAAAGAAUAAACCAUGAUUUUAAGUACAA